AUUAACAAAUGGAUCCUUCAGAUUUAAAGUCUUCACUAAGAAAGAGCUCAAGAACUCUUGAUGAAGAUAUCAAUUUGAAGAAAGAGAUGACAAUAACUCAAAGAGUCAACAAUGUUACUUGUCAGAAGUUUUGUCAUAUUGGAGUCUCAGAGAUUAUCUUAGUUUUUAAUUACUUUCUUCAUCAGAACUAUUUAAAAGAGUCAAAGCUUUCAGUUCUUGUCAACACGGUCAAAGAGCAAAAGAUGUGCAUUGUGUUAGAAGAAGCAGUCAAAACUGAAAACAAGUAUGCAAGAAAGCUAUUUUCGAAGCCAAUCAAAAAUUUGGAGACUCUCUCUAUACAUACAAAGGACUCAAGACUCCUUAAGAAGAACAUUUCAUGGAUGUUCAGAGGCUUUGCCAGAAUAGCCUGCACAGUUACAAAAAGAAUUGAAAUAAAAUGUAUCCAAUUACCAAGCAAGAGAUUCAUUCUUCUGCUCUGUUCAUCAAUUAAGUGAAAGAGUAUGUUCUUAGAAAAUUGCAAGAUUAGUCUUGCAAAAAUAUCAAGAUCAGAGACUUCUAUUAAGGGAACUUCAAGUCUGGAAUACCUUCACAUUUCAUAUUUCCCAAGAAAGCCUGCUUAUGUUCUGAAUCCACUAUAUGUGCCUCAUAUUUUGAGUAUGAUUAGCAAAUGUCCUUGCAGAAAGACUUUGUCAAAGAUAUUUCUGGAGUUGUGAAACUUAGUCACAGAAGAUGUGAUAUCUCUAAGUAAAAAAUUCGACUAUGAUGAUGGUAUAAUAAAGUUCCUGGAGUACUAAAAGAUACUAAUUAUUCUCUUAAACUGAACAUUUCA